CCCCAUGCAAACCUCAUCCUCUUCACAUUUCAGACUUCAAACCGACAUGUUCCUAUUUUGUUCUUUUAAACUCACAGUUCAACUUCUUUUUCACCAAUAGUAGAGAACAGUGUAUGAUUGAUUGUUUUCAAACGUGAGAUAACAAAACAAAAACAAUGGCAUCUGAACAAAUGUUUCGCGGAGGAGUAUACCAUGAGACUGAGACGUUUUUGGAGGUAAGAGAGGUUCAUAUCCAGAAACAUGGAAAAAACCUUGACAAAAACUUUGCUGCUGCUGUGAAUGAUAUUAAGGAAUCAAAUAAAGAUAAAGGAGGGGGUGAUACUGAUAACAAAAAACAGCAUAUUGGAGAGCCACACUCUGGUAGAUACAACGAGUCUGAAGAAGCUAAAGGUGUUGGAGGUUAUUUGAACAAGUUUGAAAUAAAAGGCGUGGUAGAAGCUGCUGCUAAAGGAUUGAGGGACAGAGAGGAGAAAGAAACAACAAUGGACCAUAAUAGAUGUCAGAAGGCAAUGGAUGAUACCAAUGCAAAUGCCCAAGAAAGAGUAAAACAAGAAGCAAGGAACAAUGAGGAGGAAUCAGAGGCCAAAAGAGUUUCACAAAAUAAGGAAUAUAAGGAGGGGCCAUCAGAAAAAACUGCCACCAAAAGCUUUGAAGAGACACAAGGGCAGGACCAUGAAGGAAUUGAGAAAUCUAGUGUUGUUCGUCCACUUCCACAGAUGGCUAAUGAAAGCAACACUGUGGAAAGCUUUCAGGGAGUUCAAGAGAGAGACAAAGCAAAAAAGCAAGGUGUGAUUGGGGAAACUAAAAUCCAACAUGCAGAAAAGAUGAACAAAACUGAUGAAAGUUUACAAAGUCAAGAGGGAGGAAAAAGAAACAAAGUGUAUGCUACUUAUGCAGACGCUGUGAAAGCCAAUGAUUCCACAAAGAGUAUACAAGAACAAGAGCUAAAUGAAAACAUAGCUGAAAAAAGCUUUGAAGGAAAUAAUGAACAACCUCAAGAUGGUGUUGUGAAGAUGGAGAAGGUUACUGAUGGUGGAAGUACUGUGUUGGGAGCUGUAGGUGAAACUGUGGCAGAGAUUGGAGAAAACAUGAUUCAACCAGCGAAGAAAGUGAUGGAAAAGAGUGAAGAGGGAAAAGAGGGUGGAGUUUUGGGUGCUAUAGGUGAAACUGUUGCAGAAAUUGCACAGACAACUAAGGUGCUUGCCCUUGGAGAAGGGGAAACAGAGUCAAAGCAGAGCAUUGAGUCAAAUGCUAAGUGAAUAAUCUGUUUUAAACCUCUUGAUAGAUAUAAGCUGUUUUAUCCAAAUCUGCCUUAUGAAGUUGUAAAUAAAUAAGAAUUUCAUUACGUGGUUCUAUAAAAUAAUACAAGUAUAUGUAAUUAGACUUCUAUUUUGCAUCCUUAUAGCAAAUAUGUGCUCUAGUAAAAGAGCUCUAUAUAUUUUAGCAGUCUCAUCAAAUUGUGGAAUUAUAUAACAAUGAACAAUCACUUUGUUCUAUGAA